GCAACCGGUGACACUCGCCCGCCCGCGCCUCCCGGGGCGGCCGGUGCUGCCCGCGGCUCCGGGACCAUGGACCGUCUCAGCGUGCUGGACCAGCUCCUGCCAGAGCUCAGUAUCUUGCUCAAACUGCUGGACCAUGAGUACCUGAGUGCCACCACGCAGGAGAAGAAGCUGGCUGUCUCCACCAUCCUGCAGAAGCUGCAGCCGCCCGCAGGGAAGGACGUGGACUACAUGUACGUCAACACAGCGUCCCUGAGCAAUGGCACCAGUUUUGUGGAGUCUCUCUUCGAGGAGUUCGACUGUGACCUGCGGGAUCUCCAGGACAUGCAGGAGGAGGAAGGGGACACUGGCGACGGCGUUGGCUUGGAGCUGGCAAGGAACCAGACGGCAAAAGCCGUUCCUGUGGACCCUGCUCCGCCGCUGCCCACCACUCCCCCACCUGAGGAUUACUAUGAGGAAGCCCUGCCCCUGGGCCCCGGCAAGGCCCCCGAGUACAUCACCUCCCGCAACAGCUCCAGCCCCCCCAACUCCAUCGAGGAUGGCUAUUACGAAGAUGCAGACAGCAACUACCCCGUCACCAGGAUGAAUGGGGAGCAAAAAAACUCCUACAAUGACUCGGAUGCGAUGAGCAGCUCUUACGAGUCGUAUGACGAGGAGGAGGAGGAGGGGAAGGGCCAGCAGCUGACACACCAGUGGCCGUCGGAGGAAGCCUCCAUGAACCUGGUGAAGGAUUGCAGGAUUUGCGCUUUCCUGUUGCGCAAGAAGCGCUUCGGGCAGUGGGCCAAGCAGCUCACCAUCAUACGGGACAGCAAACUGCUGUGCUACAAAAGCUCCAAGGACCGGCAGCCACACGUGGAGGUGCCCCUGGGCACCUGCAACGUCAUCUACGUCCCCAAGGAUGGGCGGCGCAAGAAGCACGAGCUACGGUUCUCGCUGCCGGGGGCCGAGGCGCUGGUCCUGGCCGUGCAGAGCAAGGAGCAGGCUGAGGAGUGGCUGAAGGUGAUAAAGGAAGCAAGCAGUCCAGCAGCGGGUGGGAUGGAAGCCCCCACCUCCCCAGUGAUGCCGUGCAAGAUGGACCUGGAUAAGCGGCUGUCACAGGAGAAGCACACCUCUGACUCAGACAGCGUGGCAACGGGUGAGACUGGCUCCCCAGUGAUCCGCAGAGAGCCCAGCGAGCAUGGGAAAGGCAAAAAGAGUGGCUUGGCUGACUUGAAGGGCUCAAUGAGCCGGGCAGCAGGGAAGAAAAUCACCAGGAUCAUCAGCUUCUCCAAGAAGAAGCCUUCCCCUGAGGACACGCAGACCUCCUCCACCGAGGAGGAUAUCCCCUGCUGCGGCUACCUCAGCGUCCUGGUUAACCAGUGCUGGAAGGAGCGCUGGUGUCGCCUGAAGGGCAACACCCUCUACUUCCACAAGGACCGCACCGACCUGCGGACCCAUGUGAACGCCAUCGUCCUCCGGGGCUGUGAGGUGGUCCCAGGGCUGGGCCCCAAACACCCCUUCGCCUUCCGCAUCCUUCGCAAUGGGCAGGAGGUGGUGGCACUGGAGGCAAGCUGCUCUGAAGACCUGGGCCGCUGGCUGGGUCUCCUCUUGGUGGAAACAGGCUCGCAGACAGCACCGGAGGCCUUGCACUAUGACUAUGUGGAUGUGGAGACGAUUGCCAACAUAGUGACGGCUGUGAGGCACUCCUACCUGUGGGCCAGCUCCUCCCAGGACCACCAGCCAGACUCUUCCCGCGUGGUGUACGAUGACGUCCCCUAUGAGAAGGUUCAGGCCGAGGAGGAGCCGGGGCGGCCGGCAGGAGCCCAGGUGAAGCGCCAUGCCUCCUCCUGCAGUGAGAAGUCACGGCGGGUGGACCCACAAGUCAAAGUGAAGAGGCACGCAUCAAACGCCAACCAGUACAGGUACGGGAAGAACCGGGCUGAGGAGGAUGCCAGGCGAUUUCUGACGGAGAAGGAGAAACUGGAGAAGGAGAAAGCAUCAAUCCGCAGCGAGCUGGUGUUGCUGCGGAAAGAGAAGCGAGAGCUGCGGGAAGCCAUGAAGGGCAGCACAGGGUCAAAGCUGCAGGACCUGGAGCAGCGGGUGGUGGUGCUGGAAGAGCAGUGCCGGCAGAAGGAGGAGCGCCGUGUUGACCUGGAGCUCAAGCUGACCGAAGUGAAGGAGCGGCUGAAGCAGUCGCUGGCGGGAGGGCCAGCCCUAGGGCUGGCUGUGACCGGCAAGGCUGAGAAUGAGGAAACUACAAACAAGCCGAACGGGAGCCCCCCCGAGCACUUGGUCCCCGUUAACUCUGCAGCUGAACUGAGGAAGAGAAGUCCCUCCAUCCUCCCUGCCAAUAAGGGAAACGUGCUGCGAAAGGCCAAGGAAUGGGAAAAGAAGCAGACUUAAGCCGGGCUGCGGGAAUGCCUACCGAGCUCCCACCGGACACUGGGGCUCACGGAGGAGCUACAAGCCCCCUUUCUCCAAGGCGCCGGGAGGGUGCUGGGAAGGCAUGGGGGGAGAGGCACCCUCCCACACCCCACCACUUCGGCACCGUCUGCCUCGUGGGCAACACUAUAAACCAUGGGGAAGGGGGCGGGAGGGGGAUUUGGGAGGUGGGUGGGGAAGGGGAGUCCUUUGUGGAUCAGGGUCGCAUACUACUGGGGAACCCAUCUCUGGGGGGGAGCCUCCCCUGGGGCCAGGAGUUCGGCACAAGCUGUGUGUGCCCAUGGUGGUGCAGAAGGAAGGAGGGAAGAGCCCAGGGGCUGGCAGUUGGCACUGACUGGCAGGCUCUCUGAUUUAUCAGGAUCAGCAUGUGCCACCCUGGGGAUGCUGGAGGCCAAGCUACCACUUUCCAAAGUGACCAUGGACUCAUUGGGGUUUUUUGGCCCCCUCAGUGUUGGAGUUCAUGAGCUGCUCAGGACCGGACACUUUGGAGAUGCUGAUCAUUCGCCCUGCUCACUGCUCCCAGCUCUGCAGGGUCUCAUCUCAGGGUUCCUCAUGUCUCGAGCUCACUGUGCCUCAACAAAGUGCCCUUAUCCAAUAUUUCCUUCUUGUCCUCCAGGCAGUAAGGGUGAGGACAUGCUGGCUUCCCUUGGGAAUGAACGAAGCUCAAGUGUCAGCAUUUGAAAGCAAAUUAACAGCAGAUACUUUUCAAUCCUGCUAAACAGCCAAGUGCUGCAACGGGCUGAGGCUGGAGGCAGGCCGGCUUUCUCUGCCCUAGCCCCACGCCAGCUUUUGGGGGACUGGGGAAAGGGACAGGGUUGUCCCCUGGCCAACAGCGCAGUCACGCCAUUGCUGCUGCAAUCACAGUUUGCCAAGGCAUGUGGUCAAAAUGGAGUGAAGGGAAGUUUAAAAGAUAAAAAAGGUGCUGUCAAAUGAGGUGACUGGAACAGAAAAGAGAAAUACAGGAAGGUCAUUUAGCACACGCAGAAACAAGGGAUAGGAAUAUAAGGGAAAGGCCCAGGCUUUUGUGCUAGGAACAAGGGAGCAGGCCCAUCGCCCACUCAUGCUAAGGACUGCCACAAUUAACCUUUGGACCUCACUCUUUCAAAGCCCUCUUGUCAGAAACUAGGUAAGCAGCAUUUAAUAAAAACACUGGCACUGGCACGCCCGUCCCCUGGCUGUAGGGAGCACGAAAGGUAAACUACUGCUCACAGUGAAAUGGGCCAGGACGGGUCUGGGGUGGGCUCGGCAUCCCUGCGGCAGCAGCUGCCGGGGCGGGCAGGCUGGGUCAGUGACUGCAGUUAGCUCAGAGCCACGAGCUUAGCUGCCCGCUUCCCUGGGCUGGAGGGGCUCCCCAUCCCCCAGGGAGGAGGUGCAGGAAAGUCUCCUCAUCCUCAGCAGCAGCUUCCCCAUGCUGGUUGUCACUGUUCCUGUCCCCUCUGGGACCUGGAGCCGCACUGUCCUGUUUCACUUCAGAAAUGGGUAAAAACCCUCUCAAAGCAUCACCUCUCCUGCUAAAGAAGCAAGGACCCUGUGUCCACAGUGGGCAGAAAUGGAGCUGGACCACCACAGCCUGUGAAAGCACAUCAUAGAAUGGUUUGGGUUGGAAGAGACCUCAAAGCCCAUCCAGUUCCAACCCCCUGCCAUGGGCAGGGACACCCUCCACUGGCCCAGGUUGCCCAAAGCCCCAUCCAACCUGGCCUUGAACACUGCCAGGGAUGGGGCCUCCACAGCUUCUCUGGGCAACCUGUUCCAGUGCCUCACCACCCUCACAGGGAAGAAUUUCUUCACACAGAUUAAUGUUAAAUCUACCCUCUUUCCAUUUAAACCCACUACCCCUUGUCCCAACACUACACUCCCUGAUAAAGAGUCCCUCCUCAUCUUUCCUGUAGCCCCUCCGUGGACACAGUCCUCAGUUAAAAGACACACUUGGCCAAGGUUUGGGGGUUUUUUAACGUUUAUUCACCAUGAGAUAAGAAACACCGUUUCUUCCAUCUCAGGUCAGCCUACCGGCCCAAGCCUCCCUCAGUCUUUAUUGAACAAGAGGCGAAACCCGUCCCGUUAUUACCGCUCUAAGCUGCGCAGCCAGCAGCAGCAGAAGCAGCGGCUCAAGCUCUGGUCCCGCGGUCCGGGCCCUCGGGGGCCGGGGCAGCCGCGCGAAGCACCCCGCCGGAGCUGCCCGCGCAGCCGCACUGCCUGCCGGGACUCGUAGUCCGCGCAGGGGCUUCUGGGAGCUGUAGUUGGCGGGCGGCGCCGGCGCGUCCUUCCCCUUCGUCAGUCACUCCGUCCGUCGGUCUGCGGGGCGAUGGCCGCCCUCUCCCUGCGGCGCUUCGGGACCGUCCUCUCUCUCGGCGGCGCGCCGCGGCGCGGCAGGUACGUGAGGCGGUGUGAGGGGGGCUGUGUCGUUCCCCCUCCGUCAGCCGUUAACGGUAGUGGCGCUGACCUCUCCCCUCCUGUGGCGGGCUCGGGGCGAGACGUGGCAGCGCCCCGGGCCCGGUGAGGCGCCGCGGCGGGGGUGUGGGCCGGUGCGGGAUGCCGCUGGAAGGGCGCUGUGCCCCCCGGAGGUCUCCGCUUUAUCCUUCAUGAGGGACACGCUGCCGGCCCUUAGCUCCUCAGUAGGCCUGGAACAAAAAAAGGCUCUCAAAAAGCAAGUUCUUUCCUGGGAAAAUGACCUUUUGAUGAAAAAUUCAUUUUAAUUUUUAGGGAGAAGCGUUUCUGUGGUCAGUAAGUCACAUUGUGAUGAUGUUUCCUGCCGUUACACAUACCCAUGGGUGAUUUUUGUGUCUCUUCUUGCCCAUCUGUACCAUUUAUUCAUUAAUUAUAUAUGCUCCUCAGGUUUUAUUUUUGGUAAUGAUGCAGUGCCUGAACUUUCAGCAUGUUUUAGAUGGUUGAGGGAAGAGGGUCCAUUGACUUAUGUCAGCAUUUAGACAGAAAAGCAGUGUCCAGUCAUAUUUUUGAACAUUGUGGAAUAUUGCUUGUAAAAGGGAAAUCCAUAACAGGUGCUUUGGUUAUUUGAGUGAAAUGUGGGCAGAUGAAGAAAAAAGUCAAAAUGCAUGUUAGUUUAUCCUAGAGUUUUUUCUCUGAAAAAAACCCAAACAACCAAAAGACCAUUUAAAUGCAAUAAAAUAAUUCUACAGCACAUAAUAGAAGCAUCUAUGUUUGUGGCCAGGUGAAACAAAAGAAAGUCAAAAUGCAUGUUAGCUUAUUCUAGAGCUUUUUCCCCUGAAAAAAAACCCUGAAAAGACCACUUAAAUGCAAUAAAAUAAUUCUGCAGCACAUAAUGGAAGCAACUGUGUUUGCAGUUAAAUGUAAA